CAGCACAGCAGUCUAUAGUUUAUAGUAGGAACAGUACCAGUCGGUACCAGUACAUGUAUCGCCUGUCUCACCACAUUGUGGAUUGCACUUCAGUACAGUACUGACUUUGGACCAUGGACGAGGGGAAUGUGGAAUUGAAGGCAUUGGUGACGGACGAUGGAGCCAAGGAGCAACAAGUUGCUGGAAUGAGUGCAACUGGUAGCACUAGUACAUGCAAGAUCCCAAGGCGGGUCUUAUUGUUAGUGUUAGCCGGUCUGGUGGCGCUGAUAACCUUGUUAACAUUGCAGCCAACCAGAAAACCCGGUGAUCAACUCAACAACAGUGUCCUCUAUCGUCAUCCAUCUACCAUAGACGACGAUAAUACAACUGGUGAGCUAGUGGAGUUAAAUCCAACCAGUGUGUGGCACGAAGACAUUAUCUCCAUUCAUCAUACACCUCUACACUCCAAAAUUGUCGUGACGUUUGCACCCAAUGCUCGCUGUCCAAGGCCAUACUUGAUUGGAAGGUUAUCCGGUCCAGCACUCUUGAUGAUCACCAAUUGGACAUUCAAGCCAGAACAAAUCCCACUCGAUGAUCCACAUUCAUGUGUGCAAAUGCCUAGUCACACUGGUGGCGCUACCAAUAUCCUUACCAAUUGUGUCACCACCAUGGAGGGAACCUAUCAAUUGCCACCAAAGCAGCAACAACAACAACAACAACAACAGCCAGGUUCUACCUUUUUUAUAGAAGUCGUGGGGCUCUUUUGUCAAGAUGUGUAUUACCAACUCCGACAGCAUCAAAAACAAAACACAACACAACAAUUUGCCAAAUGGAUUUCCGACGAUCCACAAGCCAAAUCACUGAUGCAAUAUUCCGUUACCGCAUUCUGUCCCGAAAACUCGAGGCAUCAUCGACUCACUCAAGAUCAUGCCACCAUUACCAUUGCAAAUAAUAUUACUGCAACCACUACUACUACUACUACAAUCAGCAACACGCCACUGGGAUUUUGGACGGGGACAUCUCCAUUGCCGCUCCAUACACGGUGGCAAUCAACCAAGUGUUUUUUUGAUCGAAGAGAGGGUCAGUCAAUAUCCCCAUCAUGCUAUGAACAAGUCAAUACUGAACGAUACAAACCAUACUCCUUUGAGUGGAAUACCAAUAAACACACACAACAACAACAAAAGACAACUCUUCCGUUGGAACUCUCUGCUGCAUUUCAACAACUACCACAACAGCGACAAUCCAGCAGCAAGGAGGUUAUUUGUUUUGUAGGUGCCAGUCACUCAGGCGAUUACUAUAAGUCCGCAGUCGGACUUGGAUUCAAACCCAUGGGCUAUGCUCCAUUCUAUGGAAAGAACGAAAUGAAAAACUUGGCCAAAAAAAGGAAAACCAUCAACCCACACAACCUUGGUGCCGGCAUGGUGGGAGCAUCGUAUCCAGCCAAUGUGACUCCGCAUUUGUUGCAAACCGAAGGUGUAGAGCAACAAGGCUGUAAUCGAUUCGUCAUUGCAAAUGGACAAUGGCCCGGGAGCUUUGAUCAUGGACACCCAGAUAGCUUAUGGAAGUACUAUAAGGAUGUCAAGAAAAUGAUUGCCAGCUUGCAACAUUGGAUUGUGGAUCAAGAUCAUGAUGACGUUCGGUUUUACUUGAGAUCCAUUCAUUACAAUCCACUCGGGAACCCAAUUCAAAGCUGCCCACCAACCGAUUGGAGAAACCCCAUGGUCAUUGAUGGAUACAAUGCAGUACUGAAGCAAGUGGCUCAAGAAAUGCAUGUUCCCUUUCUGGAUACCAACCGGUGGAUCAGUGGACCCUUGUGGGAUUCUGCACCAGAUUGGUGCCAUUUGAGUGAAUGGGUGCAAGAAGUGGAAACUGUGUUUGUCGCUACAUCGAUACUGUUGCCAUCCUUGUCAAAUUGAAUGAAUGAAUGAAUGAAGGAUCGGAAGACAUGACGAUGGAAUGGAUGGUCCACUCAACUGUACCACCUGGAAAUCUGAGGUGUGGCUGCUGCAUUGAACCAUCCCGAGAGCAUGCGGACAACUAACUACAAGGGUAUCGAUUGUGUGAAAGAGCAGAUGAAGAGCAUUGCCUGGAAAGUGUACUCUCUGCUUUCAAGCAGCCAACAAAACUACAUGCCUUGGAGCUGGAGUGAUGAUGUCUAGCUAGCUAUCUAUCGAAGCAAACAUUUUGCUGGCUGGCUGGCUAGAAGACUCUUUAUGGUUGUCGUGUUGUCGUCUUUACCACCACCAGUGGAAACGCCCAAACGGCAUCAGUGUAAAAGCUCGACUGAACAUAUUCAUCCGUAAAGAGAAAGGCAAUGGGCAGGACCGUCAGCAACACCAAGGCGGUUCGUAUCGGUUGCGGUAGAUGGUACCACUUAUUACUACUAGUACCACUAUUGUUCACCACCGCCGAGGCCGAGAACCAUGGAGAGUAGUAGUAUCGUUCCAGCAUCAUGACGACGGCAUUCCACAAAAAGAAUAGAAACUGAUUUCCGUAUGCUGGCUGGUAGGGAGUAUCCCGUUUGACCAAUGUCAUGAACGCGACCAUGUAUUCAUGAAUGAGACCGCUGGCGACAAAGGUCCCGACGGCUGCCAUGGACGAGGACAAUGUCGCCUUUCGGAGCGGUCGAUAGCAUCCAUUGCGGAGUGACGAUUGUACCGGACGAUCCCAUUUUCUCCAAAAAUCCGAGACACUGGUACAGCUUGUCAGGGGUGCAUCGGAAAAGUCUUCCAUGGUGUAUCCCGUACAGAUGGAUGUGACCAAUCCCAAUCCCGAGGCGCCGCCUAUGGAAAGAGCAUAGAGUAGUGAGGGGGACGAUCACGGUCACAUAGUAUGUACUCUACUGUACGGUACGUACCAUCGAGCACCAAGGAAGUGAUGGACGCCAUGAGGAAGCCAUUGGCCAGAUUUCCCCAUGAAUAUAGAUUGACAAGUGUCCCCAGAAUGGAUGUAUUAGUAUGAUGUUGUGGAAAGACUUGAUAGUUGUAUGGCAAGAGUAGACUGAAGAGCAAGCUGGUUUGUACAAAUACUGUCAUGAAAGAGGCUAGCUUGUUCCAAAAAAUGGUUGGUGUAAAUGGCACGGGUCGAUGUGUGUGUGGAUCAAAUUUCAAUUGUAGCGUGGAGCUAAAGUACAAUACGAGCAUGCGCUUGUCCUGAUGAGUAGUAGCAUACGUUGGCAAGCAUUGAUGAAUGGCUUCAAUGACGGCCAAUGCCAAUUUAUUGGGCAUGCCACCCAACAGGCAGAGCAUGAGCGUCAAGCUCUGGAAUUCAACGUAGUAGGCGCAGAGAACGGGUGGCAGGAUGAGCAAGCAUGGCACGAGUACGCCGUAUCCAAUCAAGAGACGGGUGCUGUCGUCUUGUGUUUGGACAAUGGCAAAAUACGUGACCAGUGCGACUGUCAUGUUCAUGAGGGCUUGUAGGGACAAUAAUACAAAGGUGCAAAUCCAGAAUCCAGGAUCCAGUGGAAUAAUGCCCAUUGUCAUUGUAGUAUUGGUUGUGGUGACAACAACAGCAUCGUCAUCUGUAUGGAGUAUCUUGGAACAAGAGAGCAGUAGGUGCUGCAGUGGCUCUGGCAGUUCCCAGGUGACGAGAGGCUCUCGUUCGAAUAAUGCAUUGCUAGAGUAUGGAAACCCUGAAAACAGGAAUGUCGAUUGGAGAAACUCGGUUAUUAGUUGUUGC